AUGGUGGAAGACAUGAAAGGGAAAAUUAGGGUGUUUUGUCGAAUUCGUCCAAUGAACAGAAGUGAAGCUGCACAGGGGGGCGCCACUGUUGUGGCUAAAUUAGAUGAUUAUUCAAUAAAUGUUGCCACCCCUCGAGGGUCCAGAGAGUUCCAGUUUGACAGAGUGUUUAGUGCUGAAGCCACUCAGGAAGAUUUGUUUCACGACACGAACAGGCUGAUCCAGUCGGUUAUCGACGGUUACAAUGUCUGUAUCUUUGCGUAUGGCCAGACGGGCUCAGGGAAGACAUUCACCAUGGUGGGGGACAAGGAUCAGAAGAACCCUGGGCUCAUGCCCAGAUCUUUUAACACCAUAUUCAACGUCCUGCAGGAAAACAGUCCUAAGUUUUACUUCAAGGUUUCUGCCUACAUGCUGGAACUGUACAAUGACAGGUUGCAGGACCUCUUGGUGAGCCAAGGCGGCGAGGCCCAAGCUCAGACUCAUCUCCACGGUCAGGCCAAGCGGGUGGAAAUCAAAAGGAACAGAAAGGGGGUUGUUUUCGCCCAAGGAGCAGAGACAAAGCAGGCCUCCAGUGCCCAGGAGCUCUAUGCUCUGUUUCAGCAGGCCUGCGCCAACCGACACAUCUCUGCCACCAAGAUGAACGUGGAGAGUUCGCGCUCCCAUCUCAUUGUCGGCAUCAUGGUUGAGAGCAGGAAUCUAACUAAUGGCAACGUCUGCACUGGGAAGCUGAGCCUUGUGGAUCUGGCAGGCAGUGAGAGGGCAGCCAAGACUGGUGCUAAGGACCACCAGCUGAAGGAAGCUAACUCCAUCAACAAAUCUUUGAGUGCCUUGGGGGAUGUUAUUUCAGCUUUGUCUGCAGAACUUCCUCAUGUGCCAUACAGGAACAGCAAGCUGACACAGGUGAUGCAGGACUCCUUGGGUGGAAAUGCCAAAACCCUCAUGAUUGUCAACAUCUCCCCUUCAGAAUGCAAUCUUGAUGAGACUAUCACAUCUCUUAUUUACGCAACAAGGGUGAAGGCCAUAACCAACAACGCUCAGAGAAAUGUGGAAAGCAAAGAAAUUGCCCAGCUGAAAGAGGUGAUUAUGAAGCUAAAAUCUGGACAGACAGUGGAUGAAGGCGACGUUUGA